ACAGCUGGAGGUGAGACAGACGCGAACAGGGGCAGGCGGGAGCAAGAGGAGGCCAUGGCAGCCUGACUGACGUGGAAAGUGUCAGGAGUCAGCAACUAACUUUGAGGGAAAGUCUUGUGAGUGACCCCUGUCGCCUCCUCACUUCUCGAAGCCGAAGGUUGGACGGUUUAAAAAAAAAACAUGAGUCUGGACAAAGCCGAGCUGUGUGAUUCACUUCUAACAUGGUUGCAGACAUUUCAGGUGCCAUCAUGCAACAGCAAGCAUGACCUGACAAGUGGAGUGGCCAUCGCGCAUGUCCUAAACAGAAUAGACCCCUCUUGGUUUAAUGCGACAUGGCUGGGCAGGAUGAAGGAGGAGAGCGGUGACAACUGGCGCCUCAAGGUCAGCAACUUGAAAAAGAUUCUCAAGAGCAUGCUGGAAUAUUACCACGAUAUACUGGGUCACCAGGUAUCAGAUGAGCAUCUGCCAGAUGUGACCCUCAUCGGUGAAAGGGGGGACAUCACUGAGCUGGGAAAGCUGGUGCAGCUCGUAUUGGGCUGCGCUGUCAGCUGCGAGAAGAAACAAGAGCAAAUCCAGCAGAUAAUGACACUUGAGGAAUCUGUCCAGCAUGUCGUCAUGACAGCCAUUCAGGAGCUUUUAUCAAGAGAUCCCUCAUCUGAACCAGGAAGCCCCGAGACCUACGGAGACUUUGAUUACCAGUCCAGAAAGUAUUAUUUUCUAAGUGAGGAGGCAGAUGAGAAAGCAGACCUGAGUCAGCGCUGUCGAGAUCUGGAACAUCAGUUGUCGGUGGCUCUGGAGGAGAAGUUGUCUCUACAGGCCGAGACCCGUUCCCUGAAGGAGAAGCUGAGCCGGUCUAUGGAGGCAUCCGGCACUGCCAUCACCAGCAAAAAGCUGCUGCUGCUGCAGAGUCAGAUGGAGCAGCUCCAGGAGGAAAACUACAGACUAGAGAACAGCCGAGAUGACAUGCGUCUGCAUGCCGACAUGCUUGAGCGCGAGGUGUCCGACCUUCAGCAACGAAACGAAGAUCUGACCAGCCUGGCGCAAGAAGCUCAAGCCCUCAAAGACGAGAUGGACAUUCUCAGGCACUCAUCCGACCGGGUGAACCAGCUCGAAACUCUGGUGGAGACGUACAAAAGGAAGCUGGAAGAUCUGGGCGAUCUGCGAAGACAGGUGCGCCUCCUGGAGGAGCGCAACACAGUGUACAUGCAGCGCACCUGUGAAUUGGAGGAGGAGCUGCGUAGAGCUAACAUUGUCCGUACUCAGCUGGACACCUACAAGAAGCAGGCUCACGAGCUUCACACCAAGCACCAGUCUGAGGCCAUGAAAGCUGAGAAGUGGCAGUUUGAGUACAAGAACCUUUAUGACAAGUAUGAUGCACUCCUGAAAGAGAAAGAACGUCUGAUGUCUGAAAGAGACACACUUCGGGAGACAAAUGACGAGCUGAGAUGUAUCCAAGUCCAACAGCGGUGUUUCAGUGGAGGAGGAGGCCUUUGUGACAAUGAGGCUGCGGUAGGAAACCUUGCUGCAGAGAUCAUGCCCACGGAGCUCAAGGAGACGGUGGUGCGCCUACAGAGUGAAAACAAGAUGCUGUGUGUCCAGGAGGAAACCUACAGGCAGAAAGUAGUUGAGGUGCAGGCUGAGCUUGAGGGUGCUCAGCGCAGCAAGAACGCUCUAGAAACCCAAAACAGGCUACAACAGCAGCAGAUCUCUGAGCUGCGCUCUCAGGUGGAAGAGCUCCAGAGAGCACUUCAGGAGCAGGACAGCAAGGCUGAGGACUCCUCUUUAUUGAAGAAGAAACUUGAGGAGCAUUUGGAGAAGCUCCAUGAAGCUCACACAGAUCUCCAGAAGAAAAGGGAAGUCAUUGACGACCUGGAGCCCAGAGUAGACAGCAACAUGGCAAAGAAGAUAGAUGAGCUCCAGGAGAUCUUGCGGAAGAAGGACGAGGACAUGAAGCAGAUGGAGGAGCGAUGCAAGCGCUAUGUGGAGAAGGCAAGAACGGUGAUCAAGACACUGGAUCCUCAACAGCCAGUGACUGUGAGCCCUGACAUUCAGGCCUUGAAGAACCAGCUGACGGAGAAAGAGCGAAAAAUCCAGCACAUGGAGCUUGAUUAUGAGAAGAGCAGGUCCAGACAUGACCAGGAGGAGAAGCUCAUCAUCAGUGCAUGGUACAACAUGGGAAUGGCCUUGCAUCAUCGGGUGGCAGGCGAGCGGCUGAGCCCCUCCAACCACACCAUGUCCUUCCUGGCCCAGCAGAGGCUGGCUACCAACGUCAGGAGAGGUCUGACUCGGCCCCACCCAAGAUGAGACCCAUCUUCACGUGCUUGACGAAGGAAACCGCAAGAGGGAGUGAAUGAGGCCUGGACUCCUUGUUAUCUCCCCUGUGCCUUUUGCCUCUUCACCUCACCUCACUCGGCGUCUCUGGCUGCUGAUGCCCCCUGGUGGCUGCACACGGUACUGUGACGAACUGGCGUGUUACACUCUGCUCACUCAAUGUUGGAAUAGAAAUAAGUUCAGCACAGUCGCCUCAAGGCUGGGGGGGGAAAAGGCUGUCUCACCUUUUAAGGUGAUGUUUAUUUCAUGUCUGUCCUUUUGGAGAACUGUACACUCUUUUUAAUUAGUCUUUUUUUUAUGUCUUUUAACCCACUCUUGAGAGGAGUGUAGUUUUUUUCAGAAUUCUUGUUAAGAUUUCAUUAGUGGACCUGGUGGGGUUAAAUAGCACACUGUCCUUAGAGGAUAGUGUGAUAUUAAAAUAUAGGAUUAUGUGGCCUCAGACAACUAUAUGGGAUAAGGUGCACCGCUUUAUCCCAAUACCUCCAGAUACACUGUACAACUACUUGAACUACACUUUUUUUUUAUUAUUUUAGUGGUAGCUUAUGUGAUUGGGCUUCUUUUAUUAGAAUCUGAGCAUAUACCGUCUUUCACUUGAAUAAUAAUCUCAUAAGAACCUCCACAUGACAUGCCAAAGCACUUUUCCCAGCAAUGACUUCGCUUCGUGCCUUCUAAUAGACACCAAAUGUGUGCUGCAUAAUGACGUAUGGGAUAUGUCCAGUGUGCUAAUAUUGGAGCGAUAGCUGUUGUUUAAGCUGAUCGUUUUUGUCUUCAUUCAUGGACUCCAUAUUUGCAUGAGUUCCUGAUUUUCAAUGUGACCCCGCGUCCCCCCAGGGUGCACACCCCACUUUACACUACACAGAUGGGAAUGAAGGCAACCUCUUUAAUCACAAAUCCACAAUGUGAUCCAUGAUGAAGAAACACUACAUGUUGAAUUGAACUGGAAGGUUGUUUUUUUUUUAUGCCGCAAUGCUGACGUGGAGUUGGUGUAAGGUUUGCCUUUUUAAAAGAUGCCUUUCAUCACUACUCAUCUUUUUCUACAGAUGAACUCAAGCAAGUCUUCUAUUAAUGAUGAUGACCAUGAUAAUACGUCCCAAGUCAAAGCUGCUGUUGUGUGACUUGUAAUCCAUCCCUGACAACGUGCUGUAGUCUUUACAGACCAAACGCCUGAAGUGCGUGCGUGUUCUGUGUUCACAUUUUGUGCUGUUCUGCUUCAUAAUUGAGUUUGUUGGUGUUUUGUUGCACAUUUGCAGGGUUUGCCGGGAUUGACUUUGUUUGAAUAUCAACUGGUCUGGUAGAUUAUAGCACACGGUACUUUACACAGGGUUGGAAACACUUGUAGCCUCUGUACACUUUUGCACAACAAAUAAAUGGGAUGUCGAACUACAAGAAGGAACCUGCUGAUGC